AUUCAAUGUUUUAAUUUUAUCAAACUGGAAAACAAUUAACCCUCUAUUUGUGUGCUCUUUCAAUGUGCCGGUUAAAAGCAUACCUUUCAUCUUCUUCUUCCAUCUUCCAAAGGUCCACUUGUUAUCAUCUUCCUUUCACUUUCUUCCCCUUUGCCCUUCUUCUUUUCCUCUUCCCCUCAUCUGCAUUCUUCUUCUCACAUAAUCAGGGUCUGGGUUCUCCGUCGGACAACGGACCGGAAAUCAGAUCUGUGUCUGGGGUUCACUCCUUUCUCUCUGUUCUUCUUCUUCCUUUCCCCUCUCUGUCUUCUUCUCCCAUCGGGGUCGAGGUUCUCCGUAUGAGGCAUACUGGAAAAACAAAUUUGGGUUCCAGCUCCGCUUGCCGCUCAUGUUCAUCGUUAGCCGAUCACCGACCCGUCGCAUUUGAGCUCGUCAUUGGCUGGUGGCGCAAGGUGGCGCAGGGAUGGAGGUUGUAAAGAAGCAGUGCGCUUUGCAACUUCACUUGGAUAAGAACAAGCAUCUCAAAGCUGAGAUUGCUUUUUUUUUUUUUUUGAACAACCAUGAAACAAGCUGAGAUUGCAUUUAAGCUUGUCUUAUAUGGUAGAAUCUUCAUUGAAUCUCAUUUUCAUUUAAAAAACUUUUUUUUUAGCAUUUAAUUAAUUCCCCUGUGUGCGUGUUUUUUUCCUUUUUUUGGUUGGAAGUUUGUCAACACGGUGAAAAAAUGGUUUCUUUUGAGGGAUUUAACUUGGUUUUUAACCUGAAGAAUUCCAUUUCCUUUUACCUUCCCCAUGUCCCUUCCUUUCAGAAUUAAA